AUGCAACAGGUUAUGAGCCCAAGCGCCAUAUCGUCCACCAGCAACGCCUCCAUUGACAAGUUCAACGGAGACAAUUACGCAACGUGGAGCCGGUACAUGCGCGGUGUGUUUUUGACGAAGUCCGUCUGGCACGUUGUCAACCGUGAAGUGACUCCGACUUUCACCGACCCGCGAGCGUCCGAUGACUACGUCAAGGCAAGCAACGUCGCGUUUGGUAUGAUGCUGCUGCACAUGAACGCGGACUACCAUCAUGUGCUGGACAACUGCGAGGAAGCCUGGGUUGCGUGGACAAGUCUGAAGACGCUGUACGGUGGGUCGCAGAAGGCAGGACGCAUCUACCUCAAGCGACAACUUUUCAGUAUCAAGAUGGCUGAAGGCGCGAACGUCAUGCAUCACUGCAACGAGGUCCUCAACAUCUCCGCCAAGCUUAGCGGCAUCGGUGCGAAGAUGGAAGACGAAGACGUUGCAAUUUGUCUGCUACUCAGUCUUCCGAAGAGCUACGAAAAUGUGGUGCUCAACAUGGAAAUGAGCAGCACCGAGCUUCGCACUCAAGAUGUGGUGAGAGUCCUGACGAAUGAGCAUGCCAAGCGUCAAGGAGAAAAGGGACAACGACAGCGACUACGGUGA